UGGCUGCACCGUGAAGCUAGAAGUUGUGCAAGGAUCAUUUAGCUCUAUCCUGCUUUAUACUCUAGUUGUGCGAAAAUGGAAACAGCUAGCAACAAAACAUACAAGUCCAGACUAUUUACAUCAAAUGUUCUCUUACAGAAAGAUGAAUUGGAGGAGAGACUAGAGAAGUGUCAUGGUCUUCUCACUUCUGUUGUUUCUAAUCUGUCUGAAAAUGAAGCUCAUGAUGCUCUCAAUCAAAUGGUGUCUAAAGGUCCACAGCAGCAUGAGGAAGCAUCUCUUGGUCUGCUCUUUAUCAUAUUAGUGGAACCGACAGCUGCACCGAAGGCUUACAGAGAUCUGACAUGCAUUACAAGAGAUGGAUUAAGUUUGAUCAUGACAAGGUUGAUUGGCAUUAUUACAGAGAAGCUGACCAAGUUACUUGAUUCUGUCAGAACACAGGUAUUGUGGCUUUCUAAUGAACUCAUCAAGAGCAUUGUCCCUGGUGUAGAAGGACUGUGCCAAGCUCUCCUUAGGCAAAUAUCUGGAGGUGAUAAUUCACCCUCAAAUGUCUGGCUUGCAGAAAAUGUCUUAGGAUUGUUAAACACCAACAGAGCUUGGCUGGAGAAGAACCCUAUACUGUUGGCUACUGCUGUGUAUACAUAUCUCAGAUUAUUAGAGGAUCAUGAAGCAGCACCAUUCAAGAACUUACGACAAAUGGAAAUUGAAUUCUGUUCCUCUUUGCUGAAAGAAAGGUUUGUAGACUGCAUUCCUAUUGGAAGAGACCUUGUGCGACUGCUUCAAAAUGUUGCGAGAAUACCAGAGUUCAAUGCAUUGUGGAAGGAUAUUGUGCACAAACCUCAGUCACUGUGUCCACAGUUUACUGGUAUUGCUCAGUUGCUUCACACAAGAACUUCCAGGAAGUUCCUGGCAUGUAGACUGCAUCCUGAGAUGGAGAACAAGAUUUUGUUUUUAACAUCUAAGGUUAAGUUUGGUCAGCAGAAAAGAUAUCAGGACUGGUUUCAAAAGCAGUAUCUGUCCACUCCUGAAAGUCAGAGCCUACGGGCAGAUCUGAUUCGCUACAUUAUCGGUGUAGUCCAUCCUUGUAAUGAAGUGCUGUGUUCUGAUAUUAUACCAAGAUGGGCCAUCAUUGGCUGGCUUUUGACAUCUUGUCAGACUGCAGUUUCUACAGCAAAUGCUAAACUUGCCUUGUUCUUUGACUGGCUCUUCUAUCAACCAGACAAAGAUAAUAUUAUGAAUAUUGAACCUGCUAUUUUGUUGAUGCACCAUUCCAUACGAAGUCACCCAGCAAUCACAAGUACCUUGAUGGACUUUCUCUGCCGGAUUAUUCAAAAUUACAGCACUUUACCUGAUGUUCAAGUUAAACAGGGAGUUAUCAAAGCAUUUCGGCAUAUUCUCAGUAAAAAAGUUGUGAUGUCCUUGUCCCCUUUGUUUGACAACCCCAAGAUGGACAGAGACCUUAGAAGUUUGAUAAGAAACACUUUGGCUGAGUUCUGUGAUUCAGGUUCAAAACUUGAAGAAUCUUCAACAUCAGCAUUCAGCAAAGUUGAGAGCUCCUCAGCUUCUUCAUCAAGUGACAUGCUCAGUUCAUUGGGAUCCAGAAUGAUGGAGGCAGACACAAGCAGCAGCUCAAAGGACACUGAAUUGGCAGACAGUGGGGUUGAUGAAGAGCUGGAGCCACCUGAUGAAGAAGCUGUGUUCUCUGACCCUGAUGAGGACGAGGAUGGUGACAUGACAGCAGCCAGCAAAUCAGAAAAUAGUAAAGAGAAGGACUAUGAGUUUAAACCAAUUGAAAAGGAAGUUAUAGACGAGAAUGAAGAAAGAGACAGUAAUGAAGACAUCACUGAGCUGGAGGAUCUUGAGAAUUUGGGAGAUGAUCUGAAAGAGCUGGUCAUUAAAUUCUCUCAACAAAGCGAUCCAGCAGUGCGAUCCAACAUAAUGGAAGAUAUCCUUAAAUGCAUUGCGUCCCUGGAUGAAUUUGAAGAUGAAACAGCAAAAUCUUUAGCUGUUUGUCUCAACUUUUGCUUGAUAGAUGAACUUAUGACUCCUUGUUUCUCAAGAGAAAGGAACCCGGAGGACAGUCUAGAUGGGCCAAUCUAUGUGCUAUGUCGGAGUAUCUGUGUGCUUCCCACCCAUGAUGUUGGUAGAGAGAGACACCUGACAUUGCUAGGAGCUCUACACACAGUGGAUCAAAAGUUUGGCUAUCGUUUUCUCUUCUUUCUAAAAGCAAGUGUUACAGAUGAUGAACGGCUCACAAUAUACGAGGACUUUGCGAACACUUUCCGAGGAGAGAAGACACUUCAAGGAUGCUUAAGUGAAGAUCUGAAGGUUUGUCAGGAUUAUGAUGUCAAGGCCUUCCGCUUUAUCAUUUCCUCCAUUUACAAAAAGUUUCCAGAAUAUGUUGUUGGAAACUCUGAAGUUCUUCACAUGCUUGUUGGAACCAUGGAACCAAGACAGUUAAACCAGCUGAUAAGUGAGAUAACAUUGGGAGAAUUGACAAUAUUUGGAGAGGAUAGCAAACUUGACACCUUGCUAGAGAGCACUCUAGAGUGGGAAUCAUUCGAACAACAGUGUGUGUGGCACCUUAUCCAAGCUGAGGAUGUGUUGCUGGAGUCAUUUGUAAAUAUUCUUCCUUCACUCAAAAAGGAUCAGCAUGCAGAGGCUUUGUCAAACUUACUUAUUCUCAUGAAAAGUGUUGCUCCAUCAGCGGAUCUUGUUAUUCCAGUCUUAUCUAUGGAAUGCUCCGAAAAAAGACCUGGAAACCAGUUUAGCGUUUCGCUGCUGAUAUACUGGGCACAGGAAUACCCAAGAGAACUUGCACAACUGAUUGGCCAACAGCUCUGUAAACAAGCUUCAGCAAGCAAAAAAAGAAAAGGUGCUAAAAGUCAGCUAGGCACAAAUUUGGAACUUGUACUUAGCCAUUUGGACUGGCUUCAUAAGAUAUGCCAAGAGCAAGAGGAUCUGAGCUUUUUCAAACACGACGGUCUGAGAUCUGCUCUAGAUCAAGUCAAGCAAACUGCAAGCGAGGCAAGAAAAAGCAAGUUUAAGUUGUUAUUUUCAAUGUGUGAAGAUAAAGAUACCAGGAAAAGGACUACACGAGCAUCCAUUCUAGCUGCCAACAGGGCAGCAUCUUCUUCUUCUGAGAGUGAAGAGGAAGAAGAACAAGCAGUGAAACCUCGCAACGCUAAGCGCCGAAGGAAAACCAACAAUACUGUCGAGUCAGACAGUGACGAAUAGUGAAGAAAACUGAUCGCUCUCUAGCUGUUGUGUUCUCGUGGAUUUCUUUAUCUGUUAGAGUUAGUAAUAACGGCAGCAUCGACACAGAAGGAAGGAAAUUUUUCGGCUCCUGGAAUGAAUUAAACCGGCUGCGGUAAAACUCGGACUUGAAAAAGACGUGUUCAUUGGAGGUGUAAAACUUGCAGGGCUAUAGAAAUUGCGCGGGCAAAUGAAAUUUGCUUUGGGAAAGCCUCUGCAGUGGGGCAAAAGUAAGUGGGACUGUUUCAUCCUGCAAGCUGGUGAAACCAUAGAUCUAUAAUGUAGAGUUACUGGUCAUCUCAGUCCAUUCAAAAAGUAGAGAGCAUAUUUACCCAUUACCACUUUCUCAAGUUGGGGUGUCCCAGUAAUAACUCUCGAGCUUUACUGCCCUAAUAUUCCUUUAGGGAAAGAAAACACUUUCUUCUUUAUACAGUAGUAUUUUCAUCCAUCUUCCUUUCAACUGAAUGUACAAUAUCUGCCUCAGACUGGUAUUUUUAUUACUAGAAAGGAUUGGAAACUCGAUAUUCGAUUGCAUCUCUGUCUUUGCGGAAGAUUGAGUACUGAUUCACUGGAAUUUUUCUUACACCAAGUGGAGUUAAAAACAAAGUUCUUGUUACAUUUCAUAGAACUGAUGUCACUUUUUCAUAUUCUGUAAAUGACAACAUCAUUAAUUUAGGAGUUGAGUUUGGGAGGUGUUCUGCAACCUUUGUUCAUUAAAUAUUGUCUUCUCUUGAAAUUGUGAUUAAAACUUAACAGAACCA